UGCGCUAGAGUAAGAGCUUUAUACAAGUAUGUUAUUGUUGUUGUCUUUAAACAAUGAUAGGUUUCCACUAAAAAACAUUUAAUAAUUUGUAGAGUAAUUAAAUGUAGGAAUUCCAAUUUUAAGACAAGAGUAAUUUGAUAAAUAAAUCAAAUUGGAAUAAUAUAGUAAGAAAAUAAAAAAGGAUUUAGUUUAUGCAAUUUAAGAUUAUAGAAUAGUAAAUAGAUAUUAAAUAAUUAGAAAUUGAAAGGGAUACCGAAUAUAUUUGGAGAGACAAGAAAUUAAGAAUCAAUAAAUAAUUUAAAACGAUUUACAUCGAAUAAGUUAGAAUAUGAUAUUAAAAAUUAUGCUAGUAUGGUUCCAAUGCCUUAAUUAUUGCAUUAGAUUUAGAGAUUAAGUUAGUUUUCAUAAUAUAGUUAUUAAAUUUGUGGAUAUCCAAAGAUAAGAUUCUAAUCAAACCAUCUUAUUUUGCAUUAAUUUGAAUGUUUAAAUGAAUAAGGAUAGAAUGAUUUGUAUGAAUCAAAAAGAAUGAAAGGAUAGAGUAUUCAUGAAUGGAUAAGUAAUUCAGAUAAAUAAUUGAAAUUUAAUAAUAUUUACAAUAAUUAUUAAUUAUGAAUAAAUCACAAUAAGAAGCAAUCUAAAAAAACCAUUAUGGUAAAUUAGAAUAUUGGGAAAGAAGAUAUUCAGAGUAUUAUUUAAUGUAAUAAUAGAAAUGAUAAACCAUUUGAAUGGUAUUAAAAUUAUGAUAACUUAAAAGAUAUAGUUACAUAAUAUAUUAAUCACAACAGUCGUAUAUUAAAUAUUGGAUGUGGGAAUUCAAGUAUAAGAAUUUGAAAUAUGAAUUUAUAGAUAUUCCUGAAGAUAUGUAUAAGGAAGGUUAUUAAUGGAUAGUAAAUUUAGAUUUUUCAAAAGUAGUAAUUGAUUUUAUGAAAGAAAAGUAUAAAUAAUAUCCUGGCCAUUUUUAAUGUAUUUAUUUAGAUAGAUAUAAAUGUAAUAGUUAUAUUGGCAGAUGCAAGAGACUUACCAUUUCCAAAUGAUUCAUUUGAUUGUGUAUUUGAUAAAGGUUUAUUGGAUGCUGUAUUAAGUGGAGAUUAUUCAGCAUAGAAUUCAAAGAAGGUGAUUAAUCACAUCUAUAGAUCCUUAAAAAAAGAUACUGGAGUUUAUAUUGUUAUAUCUCAUGGAUUUCCAGAAUAAAGAUUACCAUAUUUGAGUAAGGCAGAAUACAAUUGGAAAGUGACAUUUAGUAAAGUUUAUAAACCAGAUGUAAGAACUAAAAGUUUAGAAUUUGAAGCAAAAGAUCUUAAUAAUUAUCAUUUUAUUUAUGUUUGCAAAAUGGAUAAAUAUCAAGGUCAAACUGCUGCAUAAGUCAUUGGAAUUUGA